AUGACGUCAUGGCCGGUAACAGCGCAUGCGCAUAGCCUCCACCCGAACGGAGCACCCUCACACCCUUUCUUCAUCGAGCAUCCGAGCCCUGAGAGAGCAGCUGCCAGUGUCUUGAACUAUCUUCAGAAGUGUAAGUGUUUUUUUUUUUAUAUUGACUGUAUGAGGGGACUUUACUGCAAAUCAAUGUUCCUGUAUAAAAGAAAAUAAAAGUCUGCAAAGUAAAAAGUUGUAAUGAUAUAAAUAUUUUUUUAGGGGGUGGGGGAGGGGUUGGGGGGCAGUAAAUGCAAUGCAUUCAUCUAAAAAAGAAAAGAAAAGUCUGCAAAAUUUAUGUAAUGAGGGAGAUACUAUUUUUUACGGGGAAGGGGCAGUAAAUCAAUAUGUUCAUAUAUUAAAAGAAAAUUAAAAGUCUCCAAAAAGAAGUUGUAAUGAAGGAAUUUUUUUUUUAAGGGUUGGGGGACAUUAAAUGCAAUGUGUUCAUAUAAAAAAAAAAGGUUGCAAAAUAAUAAAAAAAAUAUUGUAAUGAGGGAGAUAUUAUUUUUUAGGGGGAGGGGGUGGGGGCAGUACCAUAAAAUAAAUGCAAUGUGUACAUAUUUAAAAUAAAAAUUUGCAAAAUAAUGAAAGAAUUUGUAAUGAGGGAGAUAUUAUUUUUUAGGGGGAGGGGGUGGGGAACAUUAAAUGCAAUGUGUUCAUAUAAAAAAAAAAGGUUGCAAAAUAAUAAAAAAAUAUUGUAAUGAGGGAGAUAUUAUUUUUUAGGGGGGAGGGGGGUGGGGGCAGUACCAUAAAAUAAAUGCAAUGUGUACAUAUUUAAAAUAAAAAUCUGCAAAAUAAUGAAAGAAUUUGUAAUGAGGGAGAUAUUAUUUUUUAGGGGGAGGGUGUGGGGGACAUUAAAUGCAAUUUGUUCAUAUUAAAAAAAAAGGUUGCAAAAUAAUAAAAAAAUAUUGUAAUGAGGGAGAUAUUAUUUUUUAGGGGGAGGGGGUGGGGGCAGUACCAUAAAAUAAAUGCAAUGUGUACAUAUUUAAAAUAAAAAUCUGCAAAAUAAUGAAAGAAUUUGUAAUGAGGGAGAUAUUAUUUUUUAGGGGGAGGGGGUGGGGGACAUUAAAUGCAAUGUGUUCAUAUAAAAAAAAAGGUUGCAAAAUAAUAAAAAAAAUUGUAAUGAGGGAGAUAUUAUUUUUUAGGGGGAGGGGGAGGGGGUGGGGGCAGUAAAAUAAAUGCAAUGUGUACAUAUAUAAAAUAAAAAUCUGCAAAAUAAUGAAAAAAGAUUGUAAUGAGGGAGAUUUUUUUAAGGGGUGGGUGCGAAGUACAAUAAAUGCGAGGAUGUGCACUUUUAUAUAAAAACAUAAUAAUCUGCAAAAUAAAAAAAGAUUGUAUUGAAGGAGAUAUUACUUUUUUAGGGGGAGGGGGGGAGGGCAGUACCAUAAAUGCAAUGUGAAUAUUUAUAAAAUAUAAAAAUCUGCAAAAUAAUAAAUAAAAAAAGAUUGUAAUGAGGGAGAUAUUUUUUUAGGGGUAGGGGGUGGGUGGGAAGUACAAUAAAUGCGAUGAUGUGCACAUUUAUAUAUUAAAAAAAAUAAUAAUCUGCAAAAUAGAAAAAUCUUGUAAUGAGGAAGAUUUUUUUUUUAAAGGGGGGGUGGGGGACAGUACAAUAUUUGUAAUGUGCACAUUUAUAAAAAAAUAAUAAUCUGCAAAUUAAAGUUGUGUUCUAAAAAUCUAGAAAUUUGCUCAAUUUUUUUUCUCUAUCAUUGUAAGGAUUCUCUCUCACUAAAGUGACAUUUGAUUAGCAGAUUAAAUCUUAACAAUUUUUUUUUUUUUUACUUAAGAAGUGAGCCAUGUAGAUUUAGAAAUACUGAUCCCUGCUAAUAAAAUCUACUGUUUUAAUGUAGUAGUGUACACAGGAAUAUUAAAGGGACACUAUAAUCACCAGAACAACUAUAGGCACCCAGACCACUUCAGCUUAAAGGGACACUCCAGGCACCCAGACCACUUCUGCCCAUUGGAGUGGUCUGGGUGCCAACUCCCACUACUCCUAACCCUGCAAGUGUAAUUAUUGCAGUUUUUUUAUAAACCGCAAUAAUUACCUUGCAGGGUUAACUCCACCUCUAGUGGCUGCCUACUAGACAGCCACUAGAAGUCACUUCCUCCUUCAUAGCACAGGAAACCUGUGCUAGAGCGUCGCUGGACGUCCUCACGCUGUGUAAGGACCUCCAGCGUCGCUCAUUUCCCCAUAGGAAAGCAUUGAAAUUAUUUUUCAAUGCUUUCCUAUGGGGAGCGCUAAAGCGCAUUCGCGGCAUUGCCGCACAUGCGCAUUAGGUCUCCUCGGCCGGUGGGCGGGAUCAGUCUCGUCCACCGGCCGACGCAAUACAGAGGAGGAGCGGCGCAGAGGAGGAGACAUCACCGCUGCCUCAGGUAAGUGACUGAAGGAGUUUUCACCCCUUCAGUAACUGGGGAUUGAGGGGUGGGAGGGAGAGGGACCCUCCAGUGCUAGGAAAACAGAUUGUUUUCCUGGCACUGGAGUUUCCCUUUAAUGAAGUGGUCUGGGUGCCUGGUCCAGCUAGGGUUAACCCCUUUUUUUUAUAAAUAUAGCAGUUUCAGAGAAACUGCUAUGUUUACACUGACGGUUAAUCCAGCCUCUAGAGGCUGUCUCAUUGACAGCCGCUAGAGGUGCUUGCGUGUUUCUCACUGUGAAAAUCACAGUGAGAAGACGCCAGCGUCCAUAGGAAAGCAUUGUAAAUGCUUUCCUAUGAACUGGCUGAAUGCGCGCGUGGCUCCUGCCGCGCAUGCGCAUUUACCCGAUGACGUCGCUAGGAAGGAGGAGAGGAAGAAACCCCUUCCUCUCUCCAGAGCCCGGCGGGAGGGGGACCCUGAGGGUGGGGGCACCCUCAGGGCACUAGAGUGCCAGGAAAACGAGUAUGUUUUCCUGGCACUAUAGUGGUCCUUUAAUGUGUUUUGAUCUGGUGUCAUAUAGUCAUUCCCUAUAGGCAUUUUAAUGUAAACAGUGCCUUAUCAGAGAAAAGCAUUGUUUACAUUACAGCCUAGGAACACCUCUAGUGGCCACACCUCAGAUGGCCGCUAGAGGUGCUUUCUAGGUCAGUGCUGCAUAAUGUGCAGCGCUGAUGAUUAGCACCACGCUGUACACUCCCCAUAGCGAUUCAUUAAUUCAAUGCAUCUCUGUAAGGAGCUGCUGAUUGGUGCAGCGCAGCAUUUUGCCAUGCAUGCACAAUAGCUUCUCAAUGCUUUCCUAUAGGAAAGGAGUGGAUUGGCUGAGAUAUACUCAAACACUGCCCAGUCCUGUGCAUUGUAUUGAUGAAGUGAUGUGUGAUAUACUUACAAAUUGCACAUUACUGUGAGUUCUAUUGCUGUAGAGCUCAGUGAUACACUGAUAUGCUGCACAGAGACCAGAUCUCUUGGCAAGAGGCGUCUCUCUAAUUAGGCGAUUUAGACGGCCUCUCGUUAAGAGCCUCGCGGCCACCUAAACCGUGUCAUCAGAGAGCUGCAGUGCUUCACCAAUAUUAACUUACUGCCGGCAGUCUUUCCCAGUACAAAAAUAUAAUUGAAGCCUUCCAUGCCGCUGCUGUGGCACUACUAAUACAAGAUGAAACCCCUUCUUUAAAACACAUGGCUAUAACGGACAAGUUAAAACGGUCUGAUUCUCAAACCAGGGUUGUCAGGCUCAUUAUGUACUUAAUGAUCAGAUGCAGAUAGUCUUUUUGAGUUAUAUUUGUCAAAUUCCCAGGUGAAAUUAUAUUUUUGUUUUUGUGUCCAUAUAAAGAUGAUUAAUUUGGCUUUUACCGACAGGUGCUGCUGUCUGUUGGGUGUAAAACACCAGGCUGCUUUGUACAUUUUUACCUCUGGCAGCAAGCAGGCUGUAUAUUGGUCCCCAGAGCAUAGAAUUCGUGUAAAUUACAGGCACUAUGUCUGUCUCUCCCCGUGCCCUUUGUUUGUGUCAUUGCCGAACAUGUCAAUUUGCAAAGUGCCACCAUUAUGUUUUUGACUAAACAUAAAUAUAUUGACCACUGACCAGUCUCUCCUGGCUGACACUAAAUCUGCAAUCUUCUUUCAUGAUGAGGUGUGCGCUAAGUGAUUGUAAAAUAAUCACUUAAAAGGACACUUUAGUCAACAAAACAACAACUUUAGCUUAAUGAAGCAGUUUUGGUGUAUAGAUCAUGCCCCUGCUUAAUGGAACAGUUUUGGUGUAUAGAUUAUGCCCCUGUAUAGAUCUGCCAUUUAGGAGUUAAAUCACUACAUUAGUAAAUGUUUGCUGUUUUUAUGUAGCUCAUUGUCGUGUUUUGGUGUUAAAUAAAUUUUACAGUUGGUUUCAUAUUGAUAAAUAUGGAGAGUAAAACAACAUCUAAAGAGAAAGGUGGUGCUCAGAAAAUGAGAGAAAAACGGUCCAAAGAACUUGAGUUAGCAGGAAGGGAUCCUAAGCAAAUGAAACUAUCUUUUUCGGUGGUAUGUUAAAAGUUCAAAAGUUAAGGCUAGUUCUAACAUUUUAUGUCACAGAAAUGUAUAUUCACUCUUUUGAUAACAAGAAUGAAUAUAUCUACCGUAUAUACUCGUCUAUAAGUUGAUCUCGUCUAUAAGUCGAGAGCAGUUUUUUGACCAACAAUUGUAAAAUUACUCGUGGAUAAGUCGAGGGUAAAACUUGGGGCUAUGAAAUCCUGGGAUUUUUAUUAUUUUGUCAGAUAUUACCUAGGCAAAGAUCCUGGAACAAUCAAACUGUUAUGGUAACUACUCCUCUGCAUCUCAGUGCACACGCUCAGCUCCAAAGGCACAUUCGGUUAUCUCGCCAGCUAGUGGUCUUGCUUGUGGCUCAUUACAGCCACCGCUGCAACAGUGACGUGGAAAGCGUACAGAUAGGUGGCAGUAAUCAGCAAUCGCUGCACUGUAUUCUAAAUCAGCCUGCUGUUGUCCGUGUGUGUACCCGGUAUCUGGGUCAACGUACAGCUAAGUACUCUAGCACUACCUGUAACUCGAUAUUGCCCCGCAUUCAAUGUGAACUAAAUUCUAUCGAAACUAGCAUGGACCCGUGGAUCUGCGUUUUAAAAUGAAGCUUACAACUAAAAUUUCUCGAGUAUAUACGGUAGUCUGUUUGCAUGUGCAUGAAGAAGUUUUACGUUUGUUAAGAUUCAUGAUGGAUUAUCAAGGAGUGUGCAUACUUGACUUUCCAUAGUGAUCAGUUUUACUUUGUUAAGAUAUAUUUUUACUUAUUUGAAAUCUCAUAAAAUCUUACAUGUAAGGUAAGUAUGAGUUGUAUAUCCUUUGUUUGCAUGAGGUUUUUUAUUUUUUAUUUUUUUUAUUGUUACCAUGCAUGGAGUUCCUGGAGUUUCUUGGUUACCUCUAGAACUUUUCUGGGGAGAUUAAAAUAGUUUGACAAAAAAAAAAAUGUUGUUUUAGGCUGGUGGUAUACACCCAAGAAUUCCUGUUGAUGAGGUUUCUGCCGGCCCAAGUGCUCCUUCAAGCAGGCCGGUUGUGUCCGUCGAAGAUGAGGUGAGCCCACAAGCAGAAGAACAGGUGAUUGAGGAGGAGCUGGUGUCAGAAUGCAGAGAACAAGCGCAGAUAAAUGACCCAGAUGUUUUUGAAGACCUUCCUGAAUUAGAAUGUAUCACAUCUGAAGACAUGUCAGGAAGCGUUAUAAAUGAUCCAUCAGAAAUAUCUUUUAGUCUUCCUCCUGCAUGCUCCAUAGCAGAAAAAAUUAAUUUUGUUGAAAAACACCCUUUUCAGCCAACCAGGACUGAAUGCGCAGAUCUUCCUUUUCAAGAAGCAGACUUUUAUUACCGCAAAAAGUCUAAUGGGGAUCGUAUUAAGCGUACAUGGCUGAGUUGCAAGAUAAAGGAUCGAAAGUUAGAAGCAUUUUUUUGCAGCAUAUGCAUUGCCUUUUCUAAUUCCUCUUCCUCGUUCACUAGUGGUUGUUCUAAUUUUCGCCAUUGCUAUCAGGCAGCAAAUAAGCACGAAUCUUCAAAAAGUCAUUCUGAUGCUGUUAGUGCUUAUUUUACCAUGAAAACGAAUAGAAGCAUUGACACGUUAUUAAAUCAGGCUCAAGUCUCCAGAAGAAAGAAGGAGAUACUACAAAAUAUUGAGGUAUUAAACCGUAUAUUUAAUAUUGUAAAACUCCUCGGAAAACAGGGAUUGCCAUUUCGUGCCCAUGGCACUAAUGAAUCGCUGUACAAUUUAAAUAACAUUGAAAUAAACCACGGGAACUUUCUGGAAAUUGUCCUACUUCUAUCACAGUAUGAUAUUCCUCUUAAAAAUCACCUUGAUAAAUGUGUUCAGGACAGUGAAAAAAGAAAACAGCGAUUGAAAGACAGAAAAACAUCAGGAAAACAUUCAACUGGACGUGGAUCUCUUGUGACAUUUUUGUCCAAUAAUACAAUAAAGAAAGUAUUUGCAGCAAUAGUUCAAAGCAUGAAAAACUUAAUUGUGUCUGAAAUCGGAGAGAAACGAUUCAGUAUACAGGUUGACUCCACACAAGAUGUUGGAAUUGUAGAUCAAGCAACAGUAGUUGUGAGAUAUGUGCAAGAUGAAGCCAUUAAAGAACGGCUUGUGGCGAUUCUCCCUGUUAAAGACGCUACAGGAAAAGGAUUUCACGAACUUCUAAUGUCCUGUUUUGAUAUGCUUGGAUUAGAUUUCCAAAGAAUUGCUGGUGAAUCAUUUGAUGGUGCAGCAAAUAUGAGGAGUGCGUAUGUGGGACUACGUGCACAGAUUGCAAAGGUAGUGCCAGAUGCGGUUUAUAUUUGGUGCUAUAGUCAUAUCCUUAACCUGUGUGUCUCAGAUUGCUGUCAAGUAUUGGAAGCCAAAAAAUUUUUUGGUCUCCUAAAUCGCUUGGCAACCUUUAUUGGAGACUCACACAAAAGAAUGAAUAUCUGGAAAGACCAACUGGAUAGAAGACAUGGACAGGAAAAACUUUUAAAGUUACAAAAAAUUGGAGAGACAAGAUGGUGGGCAAAAGAAAAAGCCCUUAACUGGAUUUUUGGUGAAAAACAUUCUCUUUAUUUUGACACCCUUGAAGUUUUAUAUGUAAUUUCCCAGAGUAACUUGUUUGAAUCAAAAACCACUUCUGAGGCCUCAUCCCUUUUUCACAAUCUUUGUCAGUUUAGGAUUAUCCUAACAGCAAACAUAUUUUUACAGGUUUUUGAUGUUAUAGGGCCAGUGUCAAAGUAUCUACAAACCAGUGGCCUUGACUUCAAGGUAGCAUGGCAAAUGGUCGAACGUGCAGUGGAGCAACUGAAGAAAAUUGAUUUCAACAAUCUAAAACAAAAGGCUGAACACUUUGCAAUAAAAACAAACGAGUUAAUGGAUGAAAGUGAUGUUCUCAACUCCUUGGAAGUCGAGACUAUGCUUCCAGUUCGAAGAGUGGCACGAAAGAAACGCUUGGCUGGAGAAUCUUCACAUGAUGAACGGCCUGAAGAUGAAAUGCAAUGUUUUCGAGCUAGUGUGUUCAGACCAAUUCUGGACCAAAUCAUACAAAGCAUGACGGAGAGAUUUUCAGAAAAUAAGCAAUUGGUCAUGGAUUCCCACUACUUGGAUCCUCGCACUUUUCAGAAAAUUAGGACAGAUCCCAAAGUGCUAGAUGGAGGGGCACUAGAGAGAAUUUCUAAGUUAGCCAAAGUAAAUGAAUGUUCUCUCAAAACUGAAUUAAUAAGUUUUGCCAACUUAUUUCCAAGUCUUACAGGAUGUCUUUCUGAAGAUGAGACACAGAAAGUGGAAAUAAUUAUUGAGGAGGAGGAGGAGGAAGAGGAGAUUGACUGGAUUCCACCUACUGACAAACUAGUUGAGGUACAAAAGGAAUCAAAGUGCGGUUCUUGCAAGCAGUGCUUUCUUUGCUGCCACAGGUUGUUGAUAAAAUACAACCUUUAUUCUGCAGCUUAUGAAAAUCUUUCUAUCACCUAUGAGUACCUGUUGACCCUUUCUUUUACACAAGUGUCAUGUGAGAGAGCAUUCAGCAAGCUUAAACUCAUCAAGACCCGACUGCGAGCCACAAUGGGACAAGAACUGCUUGAUGCUCUAAUGCUCAUGUCAGUGGAGAGAGAUCUUCUGGAACAGGUUCAGUUUCCAGAUGUAUUGGAAAUUAUUCGUCAAAGUUCUACCUUGAUGAGGUCUUUGCUAACCGUUUGA